CCAUUAAAAGGAAGACCAAACGGGUAUUCUGAAUCAUCCAUUCCCAUCUCUCUAAAAAUCGCCUUGUUUGGUUAUGCUCUCUCUGAAUUCUUCUUAAACCCAAACCCUAAUUUUCCAGUUUCUCUCUUCUUCUUCGCAAAUUGGCGAGAUGUCAUUUAAACCACUAACAAGUGAAGCAAUAGCUAUGACAGAAAAGAAAAUGGACAUGUCAUUAGAGGAUAUCAUCAAAAUGUCGAAAAAAGGUCCACCCAAAGCUAAGAAUCAGCGAAUUUCGAAUAGAAACCAGAAGAGUUCAAAUCAGACUGCUCAAGAUAAAUCUCUUAAGGCUCGACAUUUCAUUGAAUCGAGAUCUUCUAUCCGACAGGGAACUCUUGCCCAAAGGAGGUCGAAUUUUCAAGGUAACAAAUUUCCUUUGGCAACUGAAACUGCUAGAAAAGCGGCCAUCACUUCUAUGCCUGUCCGUGGUAGAACCUAUAACAGAAGUAGAGCUGUUAAUAAUAACAAUAAUACGAACAAGCCAAGAUUUGGGGCUUUACCAGUUCAGAAGAACAUUGGAAAUGGAAGCUUCUCUGUGAAGCAGCCGAAGGCAGAAGUGAACGUAUUAGGGAAGCAGAAGCCUCAAACACUAGAUUCACGGUUUGCAAACAUGAAGGAGGAGAGGAUGAAGGCUUUGGCGGAGCAGAAUAACAGUAAUAGUAGAGGAAGAAGAAAUGGCGGAUUUGAACAAAACAGCAGCAGGCGACAGCAGCAACCACAACAGUGGGGUGGAAGAAAAGGUCGUGGCGGUUACUGAUCAGAUUUCUCUUAUGAUGGAUCAGAUUUCUCUUAUGGAUGGAUCAGAUUUCUCUUAUGGAUGGAUGGAUGGAUGUACAUCAUCUUGUUGAUAGCAGCAAGCAAACAAACAAGACAACAAGUAAAUGCUUGAUUUCUUUUUUACUUUUGUUGUUUCAGAAAGAAAAAAAAAUGUCUUAGAAGAAUUCUAGUUCACUUUGAAGAAUAAAGAAACAGGUCUUUAUUGUUUAAUUGCAAAUACGUUUGUUUUUAGUUU